UCUUGGUUGACCCUGGUUAAAGCUUUGACUUAUAGACAUCUUCAAAUUUCACCGGUUCAUCUACGUGUCCUCCGUUUUCCUUCUUUCAAAACCCUAGCCUCCACCACCAAUCCCACCGAGGCAGUACAAAGCCAGAAACAGGACUGACAGGGUUUCAUGGCCGGUGGCUCUGAUGCGACUGAUACUACUACUAUUACCUUAUCGUGCGCUCGAUGUGGCAAACCUGCGCAUCUCCAGUGUCCAAAAUGCAUUGAAUUAAAGCUUCCUCGUGAACCUGCCGCUUUCUGUUCGCAGGAUUGUUUUAAGGCGUCGUGGAGCUCUCAUAAAUCAGUGCAUACGAAGGCGAAGGAGGAAGAAAAUAGGGAUGGAAGUAGUGAAGGUUGGCUAUAUUGUGUGAGGAGAGGACAGGGUCGAACUCCGAAACUUCCACAUUUUGAUUGGACUGGGGGGUUAAGACCGUAUCCAAUAUCUCCCUACCGUGUUGUUCCUCCCCACAUUGAUCGACCUGAUUGGGCAGUUGAUGGAAUCCCUAAGAUUGAACCCAGCAGUGAUUUGCAGCAUGUUGUGGAGAUCAAAACUCCUGAGCAAAUUGAGAGAAUGCGAGAAACUUGUCGAAUAGCAAGGGAGGUUCUGGAUGCUGCUGCACGGAUCAUUCGCCCUGGUGUGACAACAGAUGAAAUUGACAGAGUUGUUCAUGAGGCAACUGUUGCAGCUGGUGGAUAUCCAUCUCCUUUAAAUUAUCACUACUUCCCAAAGUCAUGCUGCACGUCAAUUAAUGAAGUAAUAUGCCAUGGAAUUCCUGAUGCCAGGAAAUUAGAGGAUGGUGAUAUAGUAAAUGUUGACGUGACUGUGUGUUAUAAAGGUGUCCAUGGUGAUCUUAAUGAAACAUACUUUGUGGGAAAUGUUGAUGAAGCAUCUCGACAAUUAGUCCAAUGUACUUAUGAGUGCUUGGAGAAAGCAAUAUCGAUUGUGAAACCUGGUGUACGAUUUCGUGAAAUUGGAGAAGUAAUUAAUCGUCAUGCUACAAUGUCGGGGUUGUCUGUGGUGAAAUCAUACUGUGGUCAUGGUAUUGGAGAGCUUUUUCAUUGUGCUCCAAAUAUUCCACAUUAUGGAAGAAAUAAAGCAGUGGGUGUAAUGAAGGCUGGACAGAUCUUCACUAUUGAACCCAUGAUUAAUGCAGGGGUUUGGCGUGAUCGGAUGUGGCCUGAUGGAUGGACUGCUGUCACCGCAGAUGGCAAACGCAGUGCUCAGUUUGAGCACACGCUUCUGGUGACAGAAACUGGAGUAGAAGUUCUUACCACAAGGUUGCCUUCAUCGCCGAAAGUGUACCCCUGGCUAAAUGAAUAGAUAUUGAUAACUUGUUCAAGUGAGGGUGUAGUACCAUCAAGAUCCGUUCCUACGUUGUGCCAUUCAUGACAGGUCUUGAAAUAUUGCACGAGGACUUCUGGAAUUUGGGUUUGUAACAAUCAGGACACCAAACAUUCAAUUUUGCACCAAGGCCCCACCUUAAUUAUUAGAGAUGUACAAUAAUUUCAUCUAUAUUUUUGUUAUGAAUUAUGGUUGCAACUUUUUUUAAAUAAUGACGAUGAGUGUUUACUUUUUGCAAA